AUGCGGUUCGUGGUCUUCUUUGCUGUUUUAGUAGGUGGAGUGUGGGCGGCUCCACAGUUGGAGAGGAGAGCUUGCAGUCAUGAUAAUUGCUUGAGGGCAAUGAUCGGCUCGUCUGCAGUUGCGGCCCCAAGUUCUUCAUCGAGCUCAUCCAGUGUUGUAUCCUCAACGGCUUCCUCAGCUCCUCCGUGGGUGAAAACCACCGCUCCAUCUGGAGCAAUCAUAGUCGAUGGGACGUCUCCAUUCACACCAGGAUCGUUUCCAACCGUUCAAGGAGGAGUCAAUGCCCUAUCUCUAACGACAACCAACCCACAAGUGCUCUUCAUCUACCCCGGAACGUACGUCGAGCAAGUGUACAUUCCACCUCUAAUAUCAAACCUCACCGUUCAAGGCUGGACUCCCGACUCUCGCUCUUAUGAAGCCAACACUGCAACCAUAACCUUCAAUCUUGCCCUCCUCAACGUUAGCAGCGAUGACGAGACCGCCACGGUCAGACAGUGGAACCCGAACACAAAGUUCUACAACCUAAAUAUAGCCAACACUUUCGGACACGUGAACAAAAACGGACAAAAUCUUGCUGUUUCAGCCCAUACCACAAAUCAAGGGUAUUAUGGGGUUCAACUAUGGGGUUACCAAGACACACUCCUCGCCAACACCGGCAACCAACUCUACGCAAAGAGCCUCAUAGUUGGAGCAAUCGACUUCAUCUUUGGACAAACCGCAACAGCUUGGUUCGACAAAAUCGACAUCCGCACCAUCGCCGCCGGGUGCAUAACAGCCUCCGGUCGUUCAUCAGCAGCCAAUCCCUCCUGGUACGUAAUCAACAACUCUACCGUUGCGGGAAUCAACGACACCAUCCCUGCCGGCACCAACUUCCUCGGGCGGCCAUGGGACUCUUUCGCGCGCGUCGUGUUCCAGAAUACGUCCCUGAGUGAUGUGAUAGCGCCUGCGGGAUGGAGAGUCUGGAGCACGUCUGUUGGAGGCGCGACGAACAUUGGGAAUGUGACGUUUGCGGAAUAUGGGAAUUAUGGGCCAGGAAGUGUGUUAAAUGAGGGGCCGAGGGCGAGUUUUAGUGAGCAGUUGGAUGCACCCGUUAGAAUUGAGAGUAUUCUUGGAGCGGCGUAUCGGGAUGAGUGGUGGGUGGAUUUGAGUUAUUUGGACUGA